CUCCGGAGAGCUCCCAGGGAGCUGAGCUGAUCGCCUUUGUGUGCAGAGGGAGGAGGCAGCAGCGCGACCCCACCCGGGAAGCCCCGCGGCAAGAACAAUGCUAGCCUGCUUGACCCGCGGGAACUUACUGGACGUCCUGCAAGAGGGCUUCAAUGAGCAACAGCUACAGGCCUACGUGGCCUGGGUGAAUGCCCAGCUGAAGAAGAGGCCAUCUGUGAAGCCCGUGCAGGACCUGCGACAGGAUCUCCGAGAUGGAGUGAUCUUGGCCUAUCUCAUCGAGAUUGUUGCAGGUGAAAAACUGAGUGGAGUACAGUUGAGUCCCAGUAACCAACAAGAGAUGAAGAGUAAUGUGGAGAGGGUCCUACAGUUUGUGGCUUCCAAAAAGAUUCGUAUGCAUCAGACUUCAGCUAAAGAUAUUGUGGAAGGAAACCUGAAGUCCAUCAUGAGGCUGGUCCUUGCCUUGGCAGCUCAUUUUAAACCCGGCUCUAGCAGGACAGUGAGCCAGGGCCGAGACUCCAAAGCCCCCUUGCAGAGCCACCAACCACACUGUGCCACUGCUGUGGCCCAGGGAGCAGCGGCUGCUCUGGCUGACGUGUGCCAUGACAUGUCACGCUCAGGACGGGAUGUCUUCCGGUACAGACAGAGGAAUGCCAGCGUGGAUGAGGAGAUUGAGAACCCAUACUGGAGUGUUCGGGCACUCGUGCAGCAAUAUGAAGGUCAACAAAAGUCCCCAUCUGAGUCAAGCUGCCCCAGCCUGACUUCACCCAGUCCAAUCCACAGUGCAAAGAGUGAAUCUAUUAUAACCCAGUCAGAGGAAAAGGCCGAUUUUGUGAUUAUUCCCUCAGAAGGAAUAGAGAACAGAACAGACGAGACGGACUCUCCAUUAUCCCGAGACUGGAGGCCGGGGAGCCCGGGAACCUACCUGGAAGCCACGUGGGAAGAGCAGCUGCUGGAGCAACAAGAACACUUAGAAAAGGAAAUGGAGGAAGCAAAGAAAAUGAUUUCAGGACUACAGGCCUUGCUACUCAAUGGCUCUCUACCCGAGGAUGAACAGGAAAGACCUGUGGCCCUCUGUGAACCAGGAGUCAAUCCCGAGGAACAGCUGAUUAUAAUCAGAAGCCGUCUGGAUCAGAGCAUGGAGGAGAAUCAGGACCUUAAGAAAGAACUGCUGAAAUGCAAGCAAGAAGCCAGGAACUUACAGGGGAUAAAGGAUGCCUUGCAGCAGAGGUUGACUCAGCAGGACACAUCUGUUCUUCAGCUCAAGCAAGAGCUGCUGAGGGCAAAUAUGGAUAAGGAUGAGCUACACAACCAGAAUGUGGAUCUGCAGAGGAAGCUAGACGAGAGGAACCGGCUCUUGGGAGAAUAUAAAAAAGAGCUGGGACAGAAGGACCGCCUCUUUCAGCAGCAGCAGGCCAAGUUGGAAGAUGCACUCCGGAAACUCUCAGACGCCAGUUACCAGCAGGUGGAUCUAGAACGGGAGCUCGAGCAUAAAGAUGUCCUUCUGGCUCACUGCAUGAAAGGAGACGCAGAUGAGGUGACAAAUUACAACAGUCACAGUUCUCAGCGCAAUGGCUUUGUCCUUCCGGUGGCAGGGAGAGGUGCCACUACUGUCACCCACAGAGCGCCCCAGACCAGUGACCUCCAGCUCGUCCGAGAUGCUCUCCGCAGCCUGCGCAACAGCUUCAGUGGCCACGACCCCCAGCAUCACACCAUUGACAGCUUGGAGCAGGGAAUCUCUAGCCUCAUGGAGCGUCUGCACGCCAUAGAGACACAGAAGAAACAAGAAAGGAAGGUUCGGGGGUGGUCACCCAGAAAUCAAGCAAGCAGUGAAUACCGGGCAUCUUGGCCCCCUAACUCAACGCUGCCUCACUCCCAGAGUUCUCCGGCCGUCAGCAGCACCUGCACUAAAGUGCUCUAUUUCACCGACCGCUCACUCACGCCCUUCAUGGUCAAUAUACCAAAGAGGUUGGGGGAGGUGACACUGAAGGAUUUUAAAGCAGCUAUUGAUCGGGAAGGGAAUCACCGGUACCACUUCAAAGCACUGGAUCCAGAGUUUGGCACUGUCAAAGAAGAGGUUUUCCAUGAUGAUGAUGCCAUCCCCGGAUGGGAAGGGAAAAUUGUAGCCUGGGUGGAAGAGGACCAUAGAGAGAAUUAACGGCACCCUGCACCUCCCCGGCUGCUGCUCUCAGGAAAGAGAACUAACGCCAGAGUAUGCCGAGAAGUUUCUAAUUCGUGCUGCCAAAAAGAAGCUUCUUCAAGUAUGAUGGUCAUGGGCCAGUCCUGUUUGUGUGCCUGGCUUAUCUGGUACUUCAAAUCUCUGUCCAAAACGUAGAACAUGGGUUUAUGUGGCGCUCCUUGUCCGUGGGAACAGUGUUUUAAUCUACUCUGAGGACAACAAACCGAAGGCCUUAACCACCAGGGAAGGAUGACCCCUGUCUCCGAGUGGGAGGGGCAUGGCUGCUGUGAUCUGGCACCUGGAAGUGGAUGUAUCACUCCAAGGGUUGGCCUCGAAGGUUGCUGCAAUCAGAGCCCCAGCAUUUGUACUGACAGACAAGGCAGAAGGACCAACGUUUCUGCUUCUUUGCAAAUAUUGCAAACCAGGAGUGACUUGUGAGGUGGUCCCAAAGAUGAAGGCCCACAUGCGUAACUGACCCGGACAGGAAUGAUGCUCACUUGUUGACUGGGUGGGGAGAGGGCUGCCUAUAUUGUGCUAUAAUACGCCAAAACCACAAUGAAGAUCUUGGACUGCCUCUUCUGGUUAUAGCUGGCUCUACAGCUCGUCCUUAGCCCAGUGGGGCAUUUUCACAUACUGUUGGUUUUCUCUGAGGACUCUUUAACUCUAGAGCCAUUUAUUUUUCUCCAAACAGAUAAACUUUGUGUUUGAAAAGAAUGAGAGACUCGAGAGGCUCCUUAAGAAUCCAGGAGGAUACAGAAAGGUGCUGCUACCCACAUCCCUUGACUCAAACUCAUGGUAUUGCCUUUACAAGGAGACAGACCCUUAAUUUGUGUUUGUGGUUUGAGUACUGAGCACGACUUACUGGUCUGCCUCUCACUUCAAGGCUGGAGUUAUUUUCUAUUACAUAGUUAGCUUGGGCUGUUCCCUUAGGGGACAGUGGAACCCUUGGGCAUGGAGUGUGAAUGAGUUGUGAAUGGCAGGGUUGAUUUCAAGGUGAAGUCAUUUCUUAUUGCAACAUUGUCAAGUAUAGAAGCUAAAGAGUUCAACUUCCAGAGAUUACUCACUAACUUGGGUUUUCUUAUUCACUCGCCUAGCACCACCCGCCAUCAGCCAUGGUUAUCUACUUAUACAGUCCCUCAAAGCAGUCUGCAACCACACUGUACACUGCCAAACAGAAGAGCGGGACAGAUGGCUCAGUUCUGGGACCCGCCUGUCUCUGUCUCCCAUUUUCAGCCAUUUGAACAGAAUACUCCUUGGAACGCUGAGAUAAUGUCUUAUUGUUUUAUAUAGACAUGUCUUUUAAAAAUAGUCCAUGUUUGAGAAUUGUUUUGUACUCAUUUGCUUUUGUCUGAGAACCAUGUCUAUUUUUAUAACUAAGUGACGUCUGUGUAAUCUCACGGUCCCUAUCCUCUCUCCAUUUUCUACUGCACCCAGCAGCUUUUCUAUGGCCUCUUCCUACUGCCUCUUGUGGUUUCAGAACAAGCUUUAUUUUGUUACGAGUAUACUAACGGCAGUUGGGUCUGGCCAAUUCUCCCUGCUUUUAGUGGUGGAGAUCUUUUUUUAUUUUAUUUUUUUCUAGUUGAUUGCUCUUCUAAAAGACAUGAGAUCAAAAAGACCUGAUGUCUUCCAUGCACACUACCCUGGUCUUCUAUUGAAGAACAAUUUUUCAUCAGCUGUAACUAGGAAAGUUCAGGAAAGUCAGCCAUAAGCAAGAACAACUCAUUGUGAAAGCCAACAGAAGAAAAAGGUUAUUUCUGGUUUUUUCCAAGUCAACUGGAGGGAUUAAACAGUCCAUGGAUCACCAAUUUCUCUGUUGCAUGAACAUUAAUGUUUUACUGUUUGACAGCAUGAAAGUGGUCAGGCUAAACUUCAAUACUGUAGUCCAGAGACAAUGUACCUUGAGUUGUCUGCCUCUUAAAUAAGACUCUCCUUGUCUGUUUUCUUUCAGCAGUCUUAACAUUAUGUGAAAUUAACUUUUCGGCAAAAAUUAAAUCAGAGACAAAA